CCGACAUGUCUGUGUCAGACUGGUACUUCCCCUUGUCGAAUCCUGGCUACUCGACCCACCUCGACCACACCUCCGUGUUCCUCGACCAGCUCGCCGCCUGCCCAAGCCCACCCUACACCACCGGAUCCUACACUCUACCCACACAGUGUUCCAACGGUGUUUCCUCUAAAGAAACCAGUAACUGGUCGACUUCGGAAGGCCGAAGUUCGUCUGAUGGCCGGCCGAGUCCCUCGUGCUCUCCGUCGAGCAGCUGUGAGAGUGUCGAGGGAGGGACUCAAGGGUGGAACUCACACGUGGCUGGUCCCUCCUCCUGGUCCUGGGGCGCCCCUGGCACUACACAUCCCGUCCUGGCCGCAGCCUCUAACUUCAACAGCCCCGAGUGUUCCUUGUCGGAGUCGCGCGGCCGACAGGCUAAGUGUCGCCGAAGACCGCCCAAGAUCGUCGGCCGCGAAGUGAUAAAGAAACGUCGACUGGCGGCCAACGCUCGGGAGAGACGUCGAAUGAACGGCCUAAACGACGCAUUCGACAAACUGCGCGAACAUAUCCCGGCUCUGAGUGGCGACCAGAAACUUUCAAAGUUCGAGACCUUGCAGAUGGCGCAGACGUACAUCUCGGCCCUGGUGGAGCUACUGCAGUAGCCAAGGGGCAGCGGGCGAGUUAUAUCUGGUCAGCUGCCUCACUCCUGUGUUGUCGGCCUUCGACGUCUGCUCCUGUGAACUUCAGUGCCGCGAGUGUCUCUCACUGCCGUCAUCGCUUCUCAGUCACUAGUGUCACCGCUAUACUCCAGUGUCACUCCUACUCCCAGUGCGCCCAUUACUCAGUCACCAGUGCCGCCGCUAUACUCAGUUCCCCCUGUGCGCCCAUUUCUCCAGUGGCAUUGUUACUUAGCCACCAGUACUCUCAAUACCGUCACUAAUGCCUCGGUAAUUUAGUGACCACUGCCCACCGCAACUAGUUCGCCUGUUACACUGCAAAUCGGUUAAUACUGCCAUGGAAACUCGGUCACCAGUGCCAUGAUAACUCGGUCACCAGUGCCAUGAAAACUCUGUUCCCAGUGCCAUGGCAACACAGUUACCAGUGCCAUGGCAACUCGGUCACCAGUACACGCUGUAAACAAGGACUGAGUGUCCGUCUUGUCCUGUGAGAGGAUAAUUCUGGACCUCAUAUAAAGCGUCGUCCGUCUGUCUCGUCUAGUGUUGAAGUGUCCCGUCUCCUAGCGUCGUCGAGGAGUGACGGAAGGAGUGCUGGGGUGUGGGACUCGUCCGGAGGUGUCACUCUUAGCCUGUAGCGGGAGCUAGCAGUCAGAGCGCCCACAGCACGAAUGCUUAUCGGAAAGACGUUACCAAAAAUUUGUACAUUAUAUACAUAUAUAUAUAAAAUAUAUAUAUAUAUUCACAACUGGCUCAAUUUAGUGUUUAUUUGUACAUAUCACGAAUGAAUGUAUAUAUCUUGUAAUAUAAAAAUGAACUAUUUUGUUAAUAAAACGUAAGAAAUGUUA